AGGUACUGGAGCUCUUUGCAAAUGUGCCUGUCCCUUUAAAGACAGGAAAAGCUGCUUCUCACACUCUGCCUCUGUGGGUGAACACAAGGUGCGGAGAUUGAGCUGCUUGAUGCCAGAUCAAGGGAAAGUAGAGCCGGAGUGCAGUGGAAGAAGGCAAAAGAGGAAACCUGCUGGAACAAGAGCUUUCAUGGUAAUGAAAUAGCAAUCCAGAAAAUUGUUACACCUUCAAAAUGUCAUUCCACGUGGAGGGCCUGGUAGCUAUCAUUUUGUUUUACUUGGCCAUCCUGCUGGUUGGAAUAUGGGCUGCUUGGAAAACCAGAAACAGCGGCAGCGGAGAUCGUAGUGAAGCUAUUAUAGUAGGAGGAAGAGAUAUUGGCAUGCUGGUGGGUGCAUUUACCAUGACUGCCACCUGGGUUGGAGGUGGUUAUAUAAAUGGAACGGCCGAGGCUGUGUAUGUACCAGGCUUUGGACUCGCUUGGGCCCAGGCACCCAUUGGAUAUUCUCUCAGCCUUAUUGUUGGUGGCUUGUUUUUUGCAAAGCCCAUGCGUUCCAAAGGCUAUGUGACCAUGUUGGACCCCUUUCAGCAGAUUUAUGGGAAAAGGAUGGGAGGGCUUAUCUUUAUACCUGCCGUGAUGGGAGAGAUGUUCUGGGCUGCUGCCAUCUUCUCUGCAUUAGGUGCCACUAUAAGUGUGAUCAUUGAUAUCAAUAUGAAUAUUUCGGUUAUUAUUUCUGCCCUUAUUGCAGUUCUGUACACAUUGGUGGGGGGGCUUUACUCAGUUGCCUAUACUGAUGUUGUCCAGCUGUUCUGCAUUUUCUUUGGACUGUGGAUCAGUGUUCCAUUUGCCAUGUCUCAUCCUGCUGUGACAGAUAUUGGCUACACGGCUGUACAUGAAGUGUUUCAGGAACCUUGGCUUGGAACCAUUAAAACACCUGACAUCUUCAUAUGGGUGGACAAUUUCUUGUUACUGAUUCUAGGAGGAAUCCCUUGGCAAGCGUAUUUCCAACGAGUUCUUUCUUCUUCAUCUGCUACAUAUGCUCAAGUGUUAUCCCUCCUGGCGGCGUUUGGAUGCCUUGUGAUGGCAUUACCUGCAAUACUCAUUGGUGCAAUAGGAGCAUCAACAGCUUGGAACCAGACUGCAUACGACGGUCCAGAUCCUAAGCUAAAUAAUGAAGCCGACAUGAUUUUACCUAUUGUCCUUCAGUAUCUUUGCCCAGUGUAUAUAUCCUUCUUUGGCCUUGGCGCGGUGUCUGCUGCUGUAAUGUCCUCUGCCGACUCUUCCAUCUUAUCAGCAAGCUCCAUGUUUGCACGAAACAUUUACCAACUUUCCUUUCGACAAAGUGCAUCAGACAAAGAACUUGUUUGGGUCAUGAGAAUUACCAUUUUCAUGUUUGGAGCAAUGGCAACAAUGAUGGCUCUGCUAACUCAAUCUGUCUAUGGACUCUGGUACCUCAGCUCUGACCUUGUGUAUAUUGUCAUCUUUCCUCAGCUUCUGUGUGUCCUCUUUAUCAAAUGGACUAACACUUAUGGUGCCAUUAUGGGAUAUUUGCUUGGCCUUCUACUCCGGAUUACUGGAGGAGAACCAUAUCUGCAUUUGCAACCCUUGAUUUUCUAUCCUGGUUGGUAUAAAGAUGAGGACCGAUACAUUCAGAGAUUUCCUUUUAAGACAGUAGCCAUGCUUACUUCCUUCCUCACUAACAUUGGAGUAUCCUAUCUAGCAAAAUACUUGUUUGAAAGUGGCACUUUGCCACCAAAGUUAGACUUCCUUGAUGCUGUGGUUGCAAAGUAUAGCAAAGAGAACAUGGACAAGACAACACUUGUGAAAAGUGACAAUAUUGUUCUCAGUGAGCUCACACCUGUAAACCCACGACACAGUUUGACUCUGAGCUCCACCUUCACUAAUAAAGAGGCCUUCAGUGAUAUUGAUUCGAGCCCAGAAGAACCCAUUAAAGAAAUAAAGUGACUGCGACCGAACUAAAGAGAA